AGGAGGAAGGAUUAAAGUUAACAUUCCAGAAGCACAAGCUGAUGGCUAAUGGAGUAAUGGGAGAUGGACACCCACUGUUUCAUAAGAAGAAGGGGAACAGAAAAAAACUGGUAGAGCUGGAGGUGGAGUGCAUGGAAGAGCCUAAUCACCUUGAUGUGGACCUGGAGUCCCGGAUCCCCGUCAUCAAUAAGGUGGAUGGUACUUUGCUGGUGGGUGAGGAUGCCCCUCGCCGGGCUGAACUGGAGAUGUGGUUACAGGGUCAUCCAGAGUUUGCUGUCGAUCCCCGAUUUCUAGCGUAUAUGGAAGAACGCAGAAAACAGAAGUGGCAGAGAUGUAAAAAAAAUAAUAAAGCAGAAUUGAACUGUUUGGGAAUGGAAGCAGUACAGACAGCUAACUCUAGAAAUGGGAAAAAGGGUCAUCACGUUGAAACUGUAUUCAACCGGGUUUUGCCAGGGCCUGUUACACCAGAGAGCAGCAAGAGACGGGCCCGUAGGACACGACCAGACCUUUCUAAGAUGAUGGCUCUGAUGCAGGGUGGAGGCACUGGCUCAAUGUCUCUGCAUAACACCUUCCAACAUAGCAAUAGUGGUCUACAGUCUGUGUCAUCUCUGGGUCACAGUAGUGCCACUUCUGCAUCUUUGCCUUUUAUGCCGUUUGUGAUGGGUGGUGCAGCGUCAUCCCCUCAUGUAGACUCCAACACCAUGCUUCAUCACCACCACCACCACCCCCACCCCCACCAUCACCACAAUCACCAUCCAGGCUUGCGAGCCUCUGGGUACCCUUCCUCACCAGCGACUGCCACCUCUGGCACUGCCUUGCGAUUGCCACCACUGCAGCCUGAGGAGGACGACGAGGAUGAGGAGGAAGAUGAGGAUGAUGAUUUAUCUCAGGGCUACGAUAGCUCAGAAAGGGACUUCUCACUUAUUGAUGAUCCUAUGAUGCCAGCCAAUUCAGACUCCAGUGAAGAUGCGGAUGACUGAAGCCCCAGCAUGGUCCCCAUUGCUUGGGUGGCUGCUGUCUUUUCAUUUACUCUGGCCCUUCAUUUACUAUGGAAAAGUGGGAGGGGCAGGAGAGAUGUGGGGAGACCCAGGACUCCUGGAGGUGAAAGGAAAAGGAAAAAAGAACCUUGUACCUGAUUGCUCCCAGUUUUGAGAGGAUUGGGUGGGCAGGGGAACUCCUAAAAUAAUACACAACCACUUCCUCAUUUCUGGGGAAUGAAAGGAGCCCAGCGCAGCUGGUGUGCUCACCCCUCCCUAGACACCUCCAUUAACCACAGACUAUGUAGCGCUGGCCCUGGCCUCUGGCAGAGCCUGUUCCUGGCCGAACUGUGGACACAGCUGGAGGGUCAGGAACUGUUACCUUCCUUCCCCUUGGCAUUAAUAAAUUUAAGUUAAUCCUUUUCCAUUCUU